AUGCUUGAGAAGCUGCUGCGCAAGACGAACCGCUACCUCGCGCACUUUUCGACGCCAGAAAAACUCGCGAAUCCCAAGAUGCGUGCCACGCUCAUUGCGCUGAAGCGUUUCCGGGAUGACAUUGUUUGCACGCGUCUGGCGCGCACCUUCUCGGAACGUGCGCACUACUACCGUGGCCUCGCCGAUUGCAUCCGCCGCCUCAAGUGGCUCUCACCUGCUAUUCCUGGCGUUAAGAAGGUCGGCACAUAA